CGGCUGGUUUGGAGCCGCCUGCCCUUCAACACAGCCGGGGGCCGGGGGGGAAGCGCCGCGUGGCAAUCAGCGGCGGCGGCAGGAGUGGGGACCGGCGGCGGAGAGGACCCGCUUCGCGCAGAGCCGCCGACAAGACAUUCUGAGCUGGACACAUUAUAUACAUUUGCAGUAUUUUCCAUAGGAUUGAAAAAUGAAGAGAGAAGAACAAUAUUAUUUGACCUCCAAUGGCAAAAGGAGAUUUCUAGAGUGCUUCCUGUAAAGUAUUUUGUAGAAGAAUGCAUUCUUCAAAGAAUAAAAAUGUAGAAAAGCCAGAACCAUUUUAUAGACCUUCAGCACCUAAGCAGAAGACCAGUGCUGAGAUAAUAAAUGAAGCACGAAAUGCACUAAGGACUUUAAGGACUCAGAGGCCGUUUACACCUAGAGAGGACCAAAGGAAACUUUUUGGAUCUGCAUCUUCACGAACACCAGAAAAUAGACCACCUUCCACUUUUAGUCUCCAUGCUUCCAGUUUUGAAUCAGGUGAAUCAAGACCGGUGUCUGGUACACGUCUCAGCCCACUGGACCAUAGCAGCGAACUUAAUAAUUUCUGUGAGCGUCCAGCGAGAGAGACUGGACAUUGCAGAAGGAUGUCUCUUGGGAACUGGGGUUCACUGAUUCUUACCUUGCAGAAGCCAAAACUACUUUCAUCGCCUACAAAAGAUGAAGAUUCUUCCAUUUCCUUCCCGAAGCCUCCAGUGGACCCAAUGGAGGUUAGGAAAGUCAGCAGUGUCCGGGCUCGCUUAUGUAGAACAGCUUCUCAGGGAAAUCUUCUUCCAGAUAAAAUAUUUCUUCCUGAUGAGAAUAAGGAGGGGGUAAAUUCUGAAGAACCAGCUACCAUGGAUGAUCUUUCAAGGAGAAGUAAUAAAAGUUGUUUAGCAGAACUAAGUCCACACUCCAAUUUUAAGGAUGAUGGUAUUCCACUAAUUUACAAUGAGCAUAAUAAGGCAGAGGAGCAAGACUUCUUAAAAGGGGCAGUAGCAACAUCUCCAUUGCAGUUCAGAAGUGGAAGUGACCAAAUUAAAAACGGUGACAGGGCUUCAUCAAAUCUAAGCAGCACUGGCUGGAAUAAAUCAGGAAGCAAAGCAGGCUCAGAGAAUGACUCAAGAGUAAAUGAAACAGAAGAGGAAGAAAACUACUGGAAUGUAAAGGUUGUACCAAUUGUAUAUGAAUUAGAGAAUGAAGACAAUAUAGAAAACCUCUGUCGUGCCUGCACCAGUCUCCAUCAAGCCUUGGAAGAAGGAAAUAUGUUUGGAAAGAGAUUUAAAAGAAGAAGUGCGCUUCUGAAGAUAUUAUAUAAACUAGUUGACAUUGGUUCAGACCCACUUGGCCUAAAACUGGCAAGAAUGAUUCUGGCUCUUAAAGUAAGUGGAAAGAAUCUGCUCAAUGUCUGCAAGCUUGUAUUUAAAAUUAGUAGAAAUGAGAAAAAUGAUUCGCUCAUUCAAAAUGAGAGUCUAUUGGAUUCUUUGUUGGAGAUCCUGAGAUUUGAAGAUCUACAAACAAACAAUGAGGCUUUUCUGUAUUGCCUGGGAGCAAUAAAAUUCAUUUCUGGAAAUGCAGUACUCCUUAAUGAACUGGUUAACAAAGGAGCUGUUGAAAUAUUGUUUCAGUUAAUGAAACAGAUUAAUAAUAUUAAAGAAAAUGACACACGUUUCUCCAACUUGGGCCACCUAUUAGUCCAGCUGACAGCUACUUUGCGAAACUUGGUUGAUUUACCUCUUUCAAGAUGCCAGCUCCUGUGUAGUGGUGCAGUUUCAGAGCUCUGGGUGGUGCUGGAGCAGCGUAUGAAUGAUAAGGAUAUAUGUACCAAUAUUGUCAGGAUAUUCAGCAAACUUUCUUCCUACAAUGACUGCUGUGCAGCUCUGGUAGCAUGCUCCAGAUGUUAUGUCUUAUUUUUAGCCCUUCUAAACAAACACCAAAAGAAGCAGGAUUUAGUUGUCCGUGUUGUUUUCAUUCUUGGCAAUUUAACAGCGAAGAACAACCAGGCCCGUGAACAAUUUUUUAAAGAGAAAGGAAGUGCUGACACCCUGAUAUCAUUAUUCCAAACCUACAAUGAAUUUGAUUUGAAUACAAAAAAAGAGAAACAUGAAGGAGAAGAAAAUAAAUCAAAACAAAAGCAUCCUUCAGAAGCAGAAGAUGUCCUUAUAAAACUGAUAAGAGUGCUCGCCAAUCUCUCCAUUCAUCCUAAUGUUGGUGCUGUUCUGGCAGCUAACCAUCACAUUGUGGCAUUGCUUGUUACAGUGCUAGAAUACAAGUCAGUUGAUGACUGUGAGGAGCUGGUGAUCAACGCUGCCGCAACAAUCAACAAUUUAUCCUAUUACAAAGUGAGGAAUUCUGUAAUCGAAGACAAGAAGCUACACAUUGCAGAGUUGCUUCUAAAGCUGCUAAUGAGCAGCAAUAUGGAUGGAAUUCUGGAAGCUGUUAGAGUCUUUGGCAAUCUUUCCCAAUACCUUGAGAUCUGUGACUUCAUCAUACAGAAGAAGGUAUACAAGUUCAUCAUUGCUUUGCUCGAUGCCAAACAUCAAGAUGUCUGCUUUUCUGCCUGUGGAGUUCUGCUAAACCUUACUGUGGAUAAGAACAAACGAGCUAUACUAAAGGAAGAAGGAGGAAUUAAGAAGUUAGUUGAUUGUUUAAGAGACUUUGGGCCUACAGACUGGCAGUUGGCUUGCUUGAUAUGCAAAACGCUGUGGAACUAUAGUGAAAAUAUCACAAGUGCUGCAUCAUGCUUUGAAGAAGACGAUAGCAAUACGCUCCUAGUGCUGCUUGCAUCAUUUUUAGAUGAGGAAUUAGCAUUGGAUUACAACUUCGACAGAGAUUUAAGGGACUAUCACAAACUGUAUUGGGAAACAGAGUUCAAGCCUGUGGCACAGAAGCUUCUCAACAGAAUUCAAAGCCACCAUUCCUUCCUUCAGCCUCUAACUAUUACUUCAUUUUAGCCUGGGCGCUGCUAAACUGUUAAUACAAACCGCAGACUAUUUCAGCUGUUUUAAAAUAGAAGUAGUAAAUGCAAACAGGGUUUGCUAUUAAUAUAUUGAAAAUAACUCCAUUAAGUGCUGAUUAUUUUUGUAUGUAGAUUGUAUAGUUGACUGUUUCUGAUGCUACCUAUACAUUUUCAUUGGCAAGCAUGCUGGAUAUUAUGGGAAAAAUGAAUAAAAUUAAUUUAUCUCACA